AUCUGCAACCAUGCCGCCGAAGCAACAAGGGCCUAGUAAAAAGUCCGAGCAAAAGCGCAAGGAGAAAGUUAUCGAGGACAAGACGUUCGGAUUGAAAAACAAGAAAGGAAAUAAAAACCAGAAGUUUGUGGCACAAGUUGAAAAUCAAGUCCGUAACAACAAUACUCGUAUGGAUCUUGUCCGACAACAAGAAGCAGCUAAAAAAAAAGAAAAAGACGAGCUUCUCGAUAUUGCCAAUCUUUUGAAACCUGUGGAACAAAAAGUCGCAAAAGAUGUCGAUCCAAAAUCUCUUCUCUGUGUAUUCUUCAAACAAGGUCUUUGCGGAAAAGGAGCAAAGUGCAAAUUCAGUCACGAUUUGGCAGUUGCUCAGAAGACAGCGAAGAAGAACCUGUAUGCAGACAGCAGAGAAGUCGAAAAAGACGAAGAAACAAACGAGAACUGGGACUCGGACAAAUUGAAUGAAGUGGUCAAUAAGAAAAAUAAAAAUAAACAUAUGAUUGAUAUUGUUUGCAAGUACUUCUUGGAAGCUGUAGAGAACAACAAGUACGGUUGGUUUUGGGAAUGUCCGAAUGGAGGAGAAAAAUGUCAAUAUCGGCAUUGUCUACCAGAAGGAUAUGUUUUGAAAAAGGAACGGAAAGCAAUGGAGCAACAAAAAGAAGAUGAAAUUAGUAUUGAGGAACUUGUUGAGAAAGAGAGAGCCGCUUUGAGUUCGAAAAAUCUCACAAAAUUAACACUCCAAACCUUCAUUGCCUGGAAGAAGAAGAAGUUAAGAGAGCGAAAAGAGAAAGAAGAAGCCGAUUUGAAAGAAAAGAAAGAGAAGAUCAAAUCUGGAAAACAUAAUGGAAUGUCUGGACGUGAUCUUUUCUUAUAUGACGCCAAUCUGGUCAACAACGACGACGACGAGGCCGGAGAUAUUGAGAUGGAGAAGGAAGAAGUUGAUGAGAAUGAAAAGGUAUUUGAAAUCGAUGCCAACUUCUUCAAAUUCGACGGAAUGGACGAUGAACUGACGGAUCAAAUGAGCAAAUCCUCGACUGCUGUUGAAUCUACUGCUAAAGGAAUGGCAAAGAUGGACAUCAACGAGGACUUGUUCGACAUUGACGAAGACGUUGAAAACCUCGAUUCUGAUGAGGAUUGAAGAGUAUACUUCUGGUGCUCCCCCUUUUUUCCUGUUCUUUUUCUGUUUUUGCUUUGAAUUUCAGUGUUUCUUUUUUCCCGAUUCCCCUGCUAUCUAUUAUUAUUUCUUGUUUGUCACGACUAACCGGUAGUCCCAAUUUUCUCUGUAUUUGAUUAUUUUUUUCAAAUUACAAGGGACUAUUAUUUGAAGUUUUCUCCAUUUUUUGGUGUCGUUUUGUUAUAAAUUCAUUACAAUUC